UAUGACCACCGCCCUGUCUUUCCCGCAAGACCGCCCAUCAACUCCAGGGACGAGCGUCAAGGUGAAGCAGCACUUGACCUGGCUCCGUUGUUAGCGGUUGUGAUUGCCUUCCCACUGGACAGCGACAGCCAUGCAGUCCGCGACAUCUGAGGUAUACCUAGCCCAGUAUGUAUGCGUCCUUCAAUCGGUCUUCGUACUGCCCCGAGGUCUAGGCGGGACCCCCUGCAGUUUGAUUCUGUAAAGCAGGAAAGCUGGAAUUAAUGCAGUAUGCGCUUCAUAAUUUUCUCAAACUCAGCUAUGUCUUCUCAGUUACUUCAACGACUUUCCUCCACAGCCAGCUCAUCUUCCUCACCUCGUAAUCUCACCAUGUUGUACAAGCUCGCUGUCCUUGCUCUUACCGCAUUCACCCUCCUCGCCGGUCAGGCGUCGGGCGCUGCGCAGGUCGCCGACAAUGCGGUCGACGCCUGCAACGGCCACAACCACUACGGCGAGGGCCACAGUUGCGCUUUCAAGACGGGUGCUGGGACUGCGAAUGGCCACUGCCGCUGGAACGCUUGCAGCAAUCUCGUCUGCGUUGCUUGAGGAUAGAAAGACGGAGUGAGGGGAACGGCAGUCCAAAAAACGCCUGUAGGAUAACAGAGAUGGUCAAUCUAAAGAAGGAUGAGAUAUCUAGUGCCAGCUUCGACAUUACUCCAGGUUGCAGCCUGAAUGGGAAGCCGU